AUGGAGAGUACAGAUUCUUCCGGUGGUCCGCCGCCACAACCUAACCUUCCUCCUGGAUUCCGAUUUCACCCAACAGACGAAGAACUCGUCAUCCACUACCUAAAACGCAAAGCCGAUUCUUCUCCUUUGCCCGUCGCGAUCAUCGCCGACGUCGAUCUCUACAAAUUCGAUCCAUGGGAACUUCCCGCGAAAGCUUUGUUCGGAGAACAAGAAUGGUAUUUUUUCAGCCCACGAGAUCGGAAAUAUCCAAACGGAGCUAGACCUAACCGAGCGGCGACUUCCGGUUAUUGGAAAGCGACGGGUACAGAUAAACCGGUGAUUUCAACCGGCGGUGGAAAUAAAAAGAUCGGAGUUAAAAAAGCGCUUGUGUUCUACAGUGGGAAACCACCAAAAGGAGUGAAAUCGGAUUGGAUUAUGCACGAAUAUCGGUUAACCGAUAAUAAACCCAGUCUCAGAUGUGACUUCGGCAACAAGAAAAACUCCCUCCGGCCGGAGCAGCUACUUUCUUCUUCUUCUUCGCCGACGAUGAUGAUGAUGAUGGCGGCGAAUCCAAAACGGAAUAUUCCGAUGCCGUUUUGGGAAGAGGGAAAUCAAGAUCCGGCCAAGAGGUUUAAUGGUGGCAUUGGAGAUUGUUCGAACGUUGUCUCUUCAAUGGCGGCGCCGCCAUUAAUGCAGCAGCAAAGUGGGAUUUUCGGGGAAGGAUUAAUCAGAACAUCGUACCAAUCACCCGGUUUGAAUUGGUACUCUUAA